AUGUUGUACAACAUUCGAGUCAACGCCAAUGGUAACAUGUUGUACAACAUUCGAGUCAACGUCAAUGGUAACAUGUUGUACAACAUUCGAGUCAACGUCAAUGGUAACAUGUUGUACAACAUUCGAGUCAACGUCAAUGGUAACAUGUUGUACAACAUUCGAGUCAACGUCAAUGGCCCAUCCCCUUCAACAUCAAGUCCAAGCCUACCGAUCGACAUGGGGACAAGUUUGACCGAUCAGUUCAGAGAACAGCUUCACAGAUGGAUCGACGCCAACCAACGCAAAUGCUUCAUUCUUCUGUUCAAAGUUUCCAGAGACGGCUGUGCGGCUCACACGUUCCACGCCCUCUGUAACAAUAAGGGUCCGACUAUCACAGUCCUGUACAACACGAACGGCUCGGUAUUCGGUGGAUAUACGGCCACGAGCUGGCACUCAAACAAUACAUAUUCACCAGAUGACAAGGCCUUCCUCUUCAGGCUAAGGCACAAUGGAAACUGCCAGCCACAAAAGUUCUCCAAACUGCAGAGCGCUGACAGUGCUAUAUAUGGUCAUGCUAACUAUGGUCCGACAUUUGGAGGAAGUAAUGGUCACGAUCUCAGAACGUUUACCGGUGUAAUCAACAGAAGUAGUAAUUUCUUUCCUCUGAAUGGCACGACAAGUUUCGGUAGUUAUUACGAUAUGCAGGGACAGAGUUAUAAUUCUGUGAUGAACGGACACUUGCAGGUCCUAGAUUUGGAGGUCUACUGUGUCGAAGAGUUGAAGAUGCUGCAGCGUCCAUGGGUGAGGAAUGUUGAGUGGAAUGCCAGAUUCAUGAAGGAGCUGAAAGAAUCAAUUGAAACCUAUCGACCCCUACCAGGUCUUGGCCUACAGCAGACCAGGAUACUGAUGAUAGGCCAAGUCGGGUCAGGCAAAUCCAGUUUCUUUAAUACAAUUAACUCCAUCUUCCGUGGACACAUCAGUGGUCAAGCAAAUGCCGGGAGUGCUGACCAUAGCCUCACCACAACGUACCGGAUGUAUCAAGUUCGGGACGGGUACGCAGGCAGACCUCUCAACUUCCGACUGUGUGAUACGCGUGGAUUAGAAGAGGACCAGGGAUUGGAUGAUCACGAAAUUUGCUAUCUUUUGGAUGGCCACGUGCCCGACAGAUUUCAGUUUAACCCAGUCGUGCCUCUAUCCCCGGAGGUGAUGGGAUUCGUGAAGAGCCCUGGCCUUGGUGACCGUAUCCAUUGCGUGGCAUUUGUGGUGGACAGCAGCACCGUUGACGUCAUUUCCGAGAAAGUUCUAGAGAGGAUCAAGAAUAUGCAGGCUAAGAUGAAUCAGAGGUCUGUACCUCAGGUGGUGUUACUGACCAAGAUUGACCGGAUCUGUGAGUUAGUGACCGAUGAAAUCAGUGACGUGUUUGUAAGUCCCACCGUCAAGGAGUGUGUCGACAGGGUUGCCAUGGCUAUGGGUCUACCAAGGUCACACAUACUUCCGGUCAAAAACUAUGAAUGUGAAGUGGAACUUGAUCAGAAUGUUAACAUUUUGUCUCUCCUAUGUCUGCGACAGGUUCUCCAUUUCUCCGACGACUACCUUUAUAACCAGCUCGACCAAAUGGAGGCUGAGAAAUCGGCACAGACACAGAUGAAAGAAUGAGCGGGAAUUUAUUUCAUUGGACAAUAAUGACACGAUCUGACCAAUCAGAUCAUUGGUAUACACGCCCUAAUCACCGAUGCAUGAAUCAAUAUUAAUACAAGCCUUUUGUAUAAAAUGUAAAUAUUUGAACAGACAAUGGAAUCAUUGUUACCAGAAAACUUGACAACAUUCCACCUUCAACAACCCACUGUUAUUGUUUUCGAAAAUUUGAACAGUUUUUUUUUCUUCAAAAUUUGUGGUAUGCACCCCUGUGACCUUGAAUAUGUGUCAAGGUUAUAUCUAUUCAGAAGUUAUCGCCGGCAUCAUCCCUAUCACCUAGCUGCCAAAUACCAUAGACCUUUUUGAAUAACCUGUAGAAGUAAAUUAGGUGUUAUUGUCUACAGUUGUGACCUUGAUUAUGGGUAAAGGUCAUUCUUUUUGUGUUUGGGCCGAUACCAGAACCAGAUAUAUCAUACAGGAAGGCUUUACGUUAAUCAGUUUAAGUGUUUUAACAAAGUUUAUCGCUGUAAACUUGAAUGUUGGGUCAGCCCGCCAGUCUAAUAUGAUGGAUAUUGGCAUUUUGGUUAUUGAGAAGAAGUCGCUAUGUAGACGUACACAUUGUCCCAUUUUGCUUGACUCGGACCACUGGCAAAGGCACUGAUACUAACACAUCAUUUUAAUAAAAUGGCUACAACAAUCAA